CGCACAUGGUUGCACAUGGUGGCUGAUGGUGGCAGCGUAGGUGACUGAAUUUCCAGUUUUUUCUAGGUUUUUAGGUUUUCCAAUAACUUCUGCUGAUGAGAUGCAGCAACAGGAGGAGAAGAUAGAAAUUAAAAAGAGGAAGAAAAUAUGCAUCAUCAGAGUGUGUAUUAACGAAAACAGCAGGAUGUUCUCCUUCUAAGAGAGAAAGGAUAAGAAGAGGAUGGCACAGUAGGUGGCAAUCCAAAGUCAGUGCUUCCACCUGAAAACUGAAAUUCUGGGUGAUCUGUAGUAGCUACUUUAAAGAAAAAUACUUCAUGAGGAAAAGAUUAACAACGUCAGCAGUUCCAACACUGAACUUACUUGUGUCAGAGGCUACCGCUAUUAAAAUAAAGCAAUAAGACACCUGGAUGCAAAUGAAAAGAAGAAAAAGAAGAAGAUUAUCAAACAGCGCCACUGUACGAAGACUGUUAUCGAAUGAAGAUGAAAUUCGUGAAUUAAUGGCUAUAUGGCCGGAUGUUGUACGAGAUCUCACCGAUUCUGGUCGUCAUCUUGAUAUACCAGAUAUUACCAAAUGGUUGACGAAGGUAUUACAGUAUAAUGUUCCUGGAGGAAGAAAGUACAGAGCAUUAAUAGUUGUGUAUGCCUUCAAAUCGUUUGCUUCUGAUGAUCAAUUGACAGAAGAAAAUAUUCGUCUAUCCCGAAUUCUAGGCUGGUGUAUAGAAUUGUUGCAAGCAUGUUUAUUGGUGAUUGAUGAUAUUCAAGAUCAAUCAACGAUGAGGCGCAAUGCACCAUGCUGGUACUUAAACAAUGAUGUUGGAUUAGUAGCUAUAAGUGAUGCUGUAAUGUUGGAAAUGUGCGUAUAUCAAUUACUUAGAAAACACUUCAGGUCAAAAAAUUGUUAUGUGAGCCUUAUGGAAUUAUUUUUAGAUACUACUUCAAGAACAUUAAUGGGUCAAUAUCUUGAUUUAUUAUCAUCAAAUUUGGGUAAAAAAUCAAAUUUGGAUCUCUUUACAAUGGAUCGGUAUAAUUCUAUUACAAAAUAUAAAACAACUUAUUACACGUUUGUGUUACCAACUACAAUUGCAAUGUGUUUUGCUGGCAUAAAAGAUCCAGAAAUGUAUAGGCAAGCAAAAACAAUUUUGCUAGAAAUGGGUCAUUUUUACCAAGUGCUAGAUGAUUAUAUGAAUUGUUAUGGAAGCAUGGAAGCUACUGGGAAAAUUGGUUCAGAUAUAAAGGAGGGAAAAUGUUCAUGGCUUGUUGUGGUAGCGCUACAACGUGUUACACCAGAACAAAGAAAAAUUUUAGAGCACUGUUAUGGUCAGUCUGAUAUAGAAAAAUCGAAUCGCGUGAAACAGCUUUACGAUGAAUUAGGUUUAUCAAAUACUUAUGCUAUCUACGAAGAAGAAACGUACAAUCUACUAAUGACGCACAUACAACAAAUAUCAUGUGGACUUCCACAGGAUUAUUUCCUAAAAUUACUUGAAACAGCAUGCCCCAGGGUGGCUAAAAAACAUUAAUUAUAUUCUUGAAAACAAUAGACCAAACCACUACUACAGUUUAAGAGAGAACAUAUGUAUAACGUGCUCCCUUCUAUCUGUGAGUUUAUUCUAAGAAUGAAGCGUUUAUUAUUUCAUUUAAGAGAACAUACGAACAUGUAACAGCUGUAUUAUAUUUUUAAUAAUUAAAAGCAAUUCUAUAAUAAUGUUGAACUUAUAAAGGAAAAGACAGCAAUCUGUUGUAACGGUUAUUAAACAAUGAAUACUUAUAGUAGUAAAUAAUGAAGUGAUAAAAAAUGUUUAUUGCGUAUUAAAUAAAUUUAUAUGGUAUGUACAUAUAUAUUUUCUUACAGAAAUUUUAUUUCUUUUUUGUAAAGGGAUCUUUAUAAACUCAAUGUUCUUGUUUACAUUUUUAAUAAAUUGUUCAAUGAACUUUUUUAGAUAA